AUGGUGGUGUCCCGGGUGGCACCGCUGGCCUCCCUGGCGCACUCUGGCCAGGUCAUCGUCUUUCCCAACAACAAGGACUGGCGGAGCGCUGCAUCACACUGGUGUCUUCUCCUCACGCACAGGUUCCAAAAGGAGUUUGUACCCAAACCACCACCCAGGAUAUUCCGCAAGACCUCUGGGGACGUCCUUGGUGAGGGCAAGCAAAAGAAAGAAGCUUUGCCACCUCUUGUCCAGGGCAAGAAAGUGAGAUUUAAUGAAGUGACAACCUUCAUCAGACGCUUCAGCUGUGCAAGUACAGCUGGAGGAAGCUUCAGAAGCACAAGGAGCUCACUGCAGAAGGAGCGCUUUGUGUCCAGUCUGCUGCCGGCCAUCCCGAGCGUGUCUGAAGCCCACAAGCAGCAGGGCCAGGCAGGAACCAAAGGCCAAGAAGACCUGGGCCAAAAAAAGGGAACAAAACAUGUGAAGUUCCAAGAAGAUGAACAAGGAGCAGGGAAAGCCCACGAGGGUGGAUCGCUGCAGAUGUGGAAAGCGAAGGCCUUGCACCCUCAGCCGGCCAGGAGGCAGACGACAUCUCUCAUCAGAGAUAGACUCUCAUCAAGGGUUGAGUCCAGCCUGUCCAAGCCUGGAGCAUCCCGGCUGCCGCUGCUGGCAUGCGACUCUGUCAAACUAUACAGGCAGAGGGCUAAGCAAGUCAGGCCAGCGCGGGCAGAACCUCAGGAGAUGGCGGCAUCAUCAUCUCACGGGGCAUGCAGCCUGCCCAAGGAGUCCUCCACCUCCGGAUCUGGUUGGCUGUCCCCGAUACGCAAAGGAACAGAGUCCUCCAACUGUCCACCUCCAAAGCCCAAACCCCCGCUCCGCAGGCGGGGAACGCCCUACCCACGCUGAUCAGGACGUGGGGUGCCCGGGACAGACACAGCUCCACCUGAGGCUGCAAAAUCCCAUCUGCGUCAGUCCUGGGUGCCAGCUCCCUGCAGAAAAGCAGAGGUAGAGGGACAGCGGGGACUUGUGGGUGUUCAAGAUAGAACAGAAAAAGAGCAGAAACUGAAGAACAAGGUAAACGGCACUGAGAAAGGAGUGCUGAGAACUGAGGACGCCUCCAGGAGACAAGAACAAGAGUCAAGUGAGCCACGCGAUCGCUGCAUGAGAACGACCCUGACUGGAGGAAGAGCGCGUGGCUAGGAACCACUCACGACUCUGAUGGAUAAGCACCUGCGUGCACGGUUCAGGAGUAGACCAGGCGUGACAGUGUGGAAUGAUUUGCUGACAAGGAAUGGGGGGUGGGAAGGUUACGAGAGGGAACUUGGAAAUCCCUCAUAUGAGGGAUGUUUGAAUCUGCAAUAAAUGAUUUGGAUUAUUCACAUCUGAGUCCAUGCCUUCAGACGCUGCAGAUGGCGCCCACUGUGUGGGGCAAAAACAAGCCCAGGCUGAGCGAGCCUGGUCCAGCAGCGCCGCCCAACCCGAGGAGGAUUAUUUUGCAUGCACAUCACCGAUCUGCAGGACAGAAGGUGAGCAGUCAGGAACCAUGGGGAGUUUGCUA